CAACAUGGUCCCAUCCUAACUGCCGGUCAAACAUUUCGCUGCCACAGACCCUUGGAAGAAUCGACACACCAAUGCUGAACCAGCUCCCUCAAGGCCUCGAGCUGAUCGGUAGUGUCGGCGCUGGAUAUGACUUUGUCGACGCCGCGGCUGCUACCGAGAACAAGCAAUGGGUCACCAAUACCCCCGGAGUCGUAGAUGAUGCCACCGCUGAUGCCACCAUCCUCUUACUCCUCAGCACCCUUCGCCACCAGUACGAAAUCGAGUACGCUCUCCGCAACGGACUCUCGACCAAAUCUCGCAUCGGGAGGGACCCCACCGAUAUGACUCUCGGCAUUGUCGGCAUGGGAGGCAUCGGCAAGGCCGUUGCGAAACGUGCCCUGGCCCUGGGUAUGAAGAUCGUCUAUCACAACCGUCGGCCGAUUGCAACAGCAGACAGUGCCAGCGACACAGAUGUGCAAUAUUUGAAGGAAGUCGUGUAUCUUCCCACGCUGGACGAGCUCCUGCAGAUCUCAGAUGUAGUCUCGAUCCAUGUCCCGCUCUCUCCCGAGACCCAUCAUCUUUUUGGCGCUGAGCAAUUUGCAAAGAUGAAGACUGGUGCCUAUGUCCUUAAUACCGCGCGUGGUCCUGUGAUAGAUGAGGAAGCCUUGGUCCAGGCAUUGGAGUCCGGAAAGCUUGCAGGCGCGGGUCUCGACGUCUUUGAGCAUGAGCCCAAGGUCCACCCCAAGUUGCUAAGUAACAUGAACGUCUCAUUGAUGCCUCACUUGGGCGCCUUUACAAUCGAGACCAUUACAAAGAUGGAGGCACUGGCCAUGGAGAACAUCGAUCGGUACCUGGCGUCGGGCUCCUUGCUAACGCCUGUUAACGAUAUCAACUGAGUCGCGCAAACUGAAUGCAGCCUUAACACGAUACACUGUUUCAUUCUUGUUCCUACAUUACAG